CAGAACUCAGAGUGGCUGUUCCCAGAUCAACACAUUUUCAAGGUGCAUUAUCCCAAACUCAGUGUGUCGGAAGACUGCCUGUACCUUAACAUCUAUGCACCGGCCCAUGCGGACACUGGCUCCAAGUUCCCCAUAAGGAGGCCUGUCAUGGUGUGGCUCCCUGGGGGUGCCUUCGAGACUGGCUCAGCAUCCAUCUUCGAUGGGUCUGCCCUGGCUUCCUAUGAGGACGUGUUUGUUGUGGCUAUCCAGUACCGGCUAGGAAUAUUCGGCUUCUUCAACACAGGGGACAAGCAUGCACUGGGGAACUGGGCCUUCAUGGACCAGGUGGCUGCCCUGACCUGGGUCCAGGAGAACAUCGAGUUCUUUGGUGGGGACCCACACUGCGUGACCAUCUUCAGCGAGUCAGCAGGAGCUAUAAGUCUUUCCAGCCUUAUUCUGUCCCCCAUGGCCAAAGGCUUAUUCCACAGAGACGUCAUGGAAAGUGGGGUGGCCAUCAUCCCUUACCUGAAGGCCCCUGGUUACGAGAGGAAUGAUGAUUUGCAGAUGGUUGCAGAUAUUUGUGCUUGCAACGUGUCAGACUCCGUGGCCCUGCUACAGUGCCUGCGGGCAAAAUCCUCCAAGGGGUUGCUGAGCAUCAACCAGAAAACCAAGUCUUUCACUCGAGUGGUUGAUGGCUUUUUCUUUCCUCAUGACCCUUUAGACCUAUUGGCUCAAAAAUUAUUUAAGCCAGUUCCUUCUAUCAUCGGAGUCAAUAACCACGAGUGUGGCUUCCUGCUGCCCAUGGGAAGAAUUCCUGCCAAGGAGUUUCCUCAGAUCCUUGGGGGCUCCAACAAGUCCCUCGCCCUGCAAUUGAUACACUCAAUCCUGAUAAAUGCUGGUGCACCUGUCUACUUCUAUAAGUUUCAGCAUCGGCCCCAGUGCUUAAAGGAUAAGAAGCCACCUUUUGUCAAAGCUGAUCACACUGAUGAAAUCCUCUUUGUCUUUGGAGGUGCCUUCCUGAAGGGCGACAUUGUCAUGUUUGAAGGAGCUACAGAGGAAGAGAAACGGCUGAGCAGGAACACGAUGAGAUAUUGGGCUAACUUUGCUCGGACUGGGAAUCCUAAUGGGGAAGGCCUGCCCCUGUGGCCGGCCUACGGUCAGACCGAGGACUACUUACAGCUGGACUUGAACAUGAGCAUGGGACAGAGACUGAAAGAGCUGGAGCUGGAGCUUUGGAUGGACACCCUCCUCCUGAUGAUGUCCUCUUCCAGAACACUCCUUGCUUCUCUUUCUUACUUAACCUUCCUUUCUCUGCUCCUGCCUUUCAUUUUCUCUUUUACUCCUUGA